GAACAGAUGCCAGCUGAGGAAGUGACAAGCUGUUGGAUACUGUAGAAUGUGUUCCCCCUUAACACAUGGACUCUUCCAGUCACCCCUGUCAUCCAGUGUGAAAUGGACUAUUCCUGAACUUUCCAUUGGAGUUCACAAAGUGACGGAGAAGAGAGCAGGUGGAUGAAAACGGGAAGGCAAACUGUCUGAAUAUUGUAGAUAGUUUGUAGAUUUAGAUACAUAGUAUUAGUCCAAAUUAGAGGAGUUCUAUCGAUUGUGCGUGUGCGUGCAUCACAAAAACCACACAUAUAUGCACAUCUAAUAAAGACAUUUUGGAUUAUUCAAGUGAGACAUCAUUGUUCUGACCGGGCAAACUGUAGCCUUCAUCCAAACCCGGACUAGCAAUAGAAUGCAGAUUAACAAGAUUUUUCAUGGUCCUUCGAGCCGGAGGGUGAAUUGUUACAGAGAUGUCUCAACCUGAGAAUGAAGUGCCCGUUGUGCGUCCACGAAGACGGAUUAACCCACCAGCUCAUCUAGUUGACUACGAGCUUGGUGAGCCAUUGCAGCAUCGACAGCCACUCCCAGGCCACAGUCCAAGCAGAAGACAGUCACCAAGUACAGUAGGACAUACCAGAUCGAGUCCUCCUGUCAGCCAAGAUUUCGAACGUGGUAAAUGGACACUGAGAGAUGAAUGGCCAAGUGCAUCUGAUGGGCGAGAAGGAAAGGAAGUAGAGUUUACAGCCAUGCUACAAGAAAUGAAACAAGAGAAUGUAGUCCUGCGAAAACAAGCCAACCAGCUUCCAGAGAUUAUCUCACCAUUACAGGAGAUGCGCCAUCAGAAUGCCAUGUUACAUUACAAACUUAAAAGUCUUGAGGCAGAAAAGGAAUCCCCCUUCAGGCCAGUGACUUUUCCAGCCCCGUCUCCAGGUCCCUUUACUCCAGGGGUGAGCCCUGAGACCCCACAACGGUGUCGUCCAACUCCAGCCCCACGGAUAAAGCCACCAACAAAGCCUACUGCUGUGAGAGAACAGCACCCAGCUACAGUGGACGAGUACCCUGGAAUGGCCGAGGAUUUUAGGAACAUGGACAUUUCUUCCUCAAUGCCUGAGAGAGUACCAACACCAGUAAAUUACAGGGACCCUCCUCAGCCCAGGUACCCUCUUUCACACCGCACAUUCCAUCUCAUCUGUAAGAGUUCAAGACUCCAGCACAUGAGCGGAUGCUGCCUGCUCACACCGACUACAGUCAAGUUUAUUACCAGCCUCCAUCCACACAGGAAAAGAUGUACAGAGGCCCUGCUCCAACUAUCCCCUUUCUGACAGCCCCGAACCCUAGAGAGUUCUCUAGACUGAGGAUAGCACUAGAAAACUAGAAAGGAGAUGAGAAGAGACUCUAAGCAACCUCGUAAAUCCACUACCAUCCUCCUUGGUACAGAGAACCCAAAACCCAGCCCAACCACACCAGCACAUCCACCCAAACCAGCUGCUGUUAAGAUAGAAGGGGUGAAUGCUUACUGUCCAUACUGCGAAAACAACAGACAUUUCUUGAAUGGCUGUGAGAUCUUCAAGUUUCACAGUAAGGAACAGAAAGUGACUUGUAUUAAAGGUCAAAAUAGAUGCUGGCGCUGUGGGCGUGGUCAUCAUGCCGCCAAUUGCACACUCAAUCAGCCCCCUCCUCUUCACUCUGCUGACCCAUGACUGCACACCGUCACACAGCUCCAACCUCUUUAUUAAGUUUGCAAAUGACACAACUGUGGUGGGUCUCAUUAGCAACAAAGAUGAGACAAA